AUUCGAAGAGAGCUAGCUGCCGGUAGUAGAAGAGGAGUAGGAGGAGUCGAACGGAUCCAGAAGCGAAAUCGUGCUCGUGCCGCGCACAAUGCGUCUCCUCGACCGACCGGAAACGGAUAAUCUCGAUAUCGUUACGAACACGACGCGAACGAACAGAAGUUAAACCUUCGAGACCGCCAAGUGUGUAGUUUUAUGGUGUUUUCGUGUGACUGACAGGUUCUUUCCUUCCUAUUUCAAAAGUGUAUAACUUAUUUUAGCUUUCUCAUGUCUUAAGUAUUUUGAUCAAUUAUUGACUAAUUAGGCGAUUAUAUUGUCUAUUACGUAUUACAAUCUUAAAGUUAAUUUAAGAAUAGAUUAAAUAGAUAAUCGAUAUAUAAUCGAUGUGUAAUAACAUAAAUGAUAUUUGGAUCUAGAAGGAUCGAGUAUUCCACUGUUUUCAUUUAAAUUGACGGAGUCUAAUUCUGCAUCUUUAGAAUGAACGAGUUCUUCUAUUAAAUUCAAAUUUCAUGUAGCUGAUUUUUCACCCGACCCUGGAUUUUUCCAAUCUGUAGAUUCUGUUCUUUUUCUCGGUCUACAGUAUCACGUUGUAACGACUAACUGAAUAAAGAGAGUGUUCAAAAUUACCCUAGAAAAUUCCAUUGAAUAGCGAAAACUAAACACAGCGACUUCUUCAAAAAUUCCUAUCCAAAAUUCUUUCUCGUUUAAUAAUAAGGACAAAAUACAGACUGGCCGAGAUACAGGCCGAAAAGAAGAAGCCAGAAUUUCUCCAUAUAUACCACCGAAAAUUCUGCUCAAAUACAAAGACAAAAUACUGAAGAAACUGAAAGGAAGAAAGCAAAAGAUAAGAAUGCCGGUAGAGUCGUCAAUAUAUUGGGAUUCGAUCGGUUCUCAGCGUUCUACUUCCGUUGGUAGCUCCGGGGAUGCAUACAGCUCUGGAAGUGCCAGCAGACACUAUGUCGACCCGUGGGAUUUGGAGAAUUAUGUGUACCUACGUCGACAUAGUGUCGCCAAUCUGGCGCAACAGAUGCCGCUACAUCAUCGUCGACCCACCUAUCGGUUAUCCCAAGAGGCAACCCCUGCUCAAUCUGAAUACUGGUACUCGUCGUCGGUGAGAGAACCUGGCUACGACGCGCCUGCUUUCGUGGAAGAAUUGUAUUGUGGACCAGCCAGACUCACGAACAAUAGUUGCUACUAUCAUCAGCCAAUCUACGAGGACGAAGUACCGGAUUACGUCGCCCCUUUUCCGGUCUACGCGCCUCUCUCCGAAGCGAGACACGGUGAAUUCAUGGAAGACCAUAGGCGAUUUGGACACAAAUACAAGUCUACGUCUAUGAGAGAGCUUCAUAGAUCUGUGAGCGUCGACGCUAACCUUCCGCCGAUGGAUUCUAUAGAAUUAGAUAUGCCAGAUUAUCGUUCUCAGCAAGAAUACACAUCGAUGGAACAAGAGAAAUACAUGGUAGAAAUUAUUCCACCACCUCAUUUGGACCUAAACACAUAUGGACAUCUAAAAAUCGAUUACACGAACAGCUGGAAUUCUUUGAAUCGAAAAAUCCGAAAAUAAUUGCCAAUAAGAUUUUUCUUUUCAAAGAAAGCAUUAAAUUAUUCUUCAGAUAUACUAAUAUAUUGAUACUUAGUGAUAUCGCCAAUUAUUUAUGUAAUAUACUACAAGUAUGUACGAUUUAAGAAACUUAAAAUCGAACCAAAAAUUAUUCAUAGUCUAAUUUACUCGAGUAUACGAAAAUCAGAAGCUAACUUUUCAUUUACUAUAAAUACAAUAAAUUAAUCUAUUUUAUAUGAGUCGUAGUAUAGUUGCGUCUCGUAUGAGAAAUAAUAAAUGCUAAAUAUCUAUUUUAAGGAAUGUCUAUUAUAGUGUCUCUGUCUUCGUAAAAUAAUUUCCUCUUCUUCGUAGCACAGUUUCUAUUUGCAGCUUCAUUGUCGUUGCGCGCCUCCAAUGGCACGCUAUUGAUUGUCUCUAUGUUCAAUUCCGGCCAUCUAUAGUUGAUAUCAUCGGGAACGUAAAGUCACACGAAUUUAAGUGUUAUCACUUAAUAAAGAAAGUUGAGAAAAUUUGAAUAUUACAAAAAUGUAGCAAGAAGAUGUAAAUAAAAUUUCUUUGCAAGUUGAUUGCAAAUUUUGAAAAUUUAAGAUUAAUAGAAAAAUUAAUAUCAUAAAUGUAUACAUAAAUUACGAAUUAUGAAAUGUAAUAGAACAAAUUAAAACAAUUCCAAAGUUAUAAGAAUAAAAUAGAUAUAUAGUUAUAAUAAACUGAAAGCUCGUAGCAAUACCUAAAGAAAGACACCUUAUUUUUAUUCUUUCCCAAAUUCUUUGGACGUUUUCUCUUUUUAGAUUCUCUCUGAUUCGAAGAAAAAAAAAAAAAAAAAAGGGAAAGAAA